AUGCGUGCCGCCAGGAUUUUUAAAGAUAAAGGACUACAGUCCCGCAACGAAAGCCCGACCACCGAACUGACAAGCAACAACAUGAUUGCCGCAAAGAAUUUUAUCUUCAAGCAGACGCAACGAGACUGCUUCAAACCAGAGGUCAACGCAUUGACACAAAAUAAACGAAUCAACACAACUAGCAGACUUCGACACCUAUCACCAUUUCUAGACGAAGACGGACUCUUGCGAGCACGUGGACGCCUCGAGAAAUCUCAAUUGGACUAUUGCAUAAAACACACGAUUAUCCUUAAUGGAAACCACCCAGCAGUUCACCUCUUUAAAGGACAAACCCGCAAAGACAACCAGCAUUCGCCACGCCAGCACUUGAAAAAUAUUCUUCAAAACGAGUAUUGGAUUCUCUGUUUUCGCGCACAUAUUGACAAGAUCAUAAAAAACUGUUACGACUGCCGACGACAACAGGCAACUGGACUACAGCCGGAACUUGCGCCCCUACCCGCCUUCAGAUUUCCAGAUGAUAAACCCUUCCCGUUUCAACAAACAGGAUUAGAUCUCUUUGGAUCGUUUGCUUCGAAAACCGCAGGAAACUACAACAAACGCUACGUCGUUAUAAUGACUUGCCUAACAACACGAGCCGUACAUCUUGAGAUGUGCCAGGAUCAAUCAGCCGACGCCUUCAUCAAUACCUUACGACGAUUGUUCGCUCGCAGAGGACAACCAGUGAAAAUUGUUUCUGAUAAUGGUACAAAUUUCACCGCAGCCGAAAAAGAACUCAGCAGACACUUCGACGCCGAUGUUACACGACAAUUCUACGCCAACCAUCAGAUUGAAUUGACCUUCAACCCUGCCUAUGCUCCUCAUUUGGGAGGUGUAUGGGAACGACUCAUAAGAUCAGUCAAAGACUCGUUCUAUGCCAUCAUAGGAAGCCAGAUUCUAACAGACGACAUAUUCAACACCGUCUUUUGCGAAGUUGAACACUUCAUGAACGCAAGACCCAUCACUACAGUUUCAGCAUCGCCCGAUGAUGUUGAAGCCCUCACACCAAAUCAUUUUUUUCUCGGGAGAGCGCAUGCCAGCAUGCCACCUCUACAAACCCAACAGCCCUCAACACUCAGUCGACAAUGGAAAUUCGCCCAACAACUCGCAACCCAUAUUUGGAAACGCUUGAUGAAGGAGUUUCUCCCAACACUACUGCCAAGACAACGAUGGACAAAGAAGACGCCGCCUAUCAAAAUAGGAAAAAUUGUCUGGAUUCUUCAGGAUAUGACGCCACGAGGACUCUGGCCAAUUGGACGGAUUACAAGAAACAAACCAACCGAUGAUGAUCAGAUCCGCGUUUACUUCGUCAAAAUAAGAGACAAAAUUGCGUCAAUACCAGCCAUUAGACUAGCACCUGUUAGUCCGGAUUAUUGCAAUUAA